AUGUUCGAACACGACGGGGGGGAUCCCCAGGUGGAGUGGAGGCUAGCGGUUCCAACCUGCUGGUCGCCUGCUGGCAGAUCGGUGUUCCGAGAGGCCGUCCGCCUCGCCGGCUUUGAAACCCGUCAUGGCCAUCGAGUGUCUUACAUCUCGGAGGCCAAGGCGGCCGCCACAUGGGCUGCACAGCAACUGCAGGGGAGCACGAACAUCCAGCCGGGAGAUGCCAUCAUAGUCUGUGAUUGUGGUGGGGUCACAACCGACGUGGCUACCCUGGUGGUAGAUGAGAACCGACAAUUCGUCCUCCAACCCCAGCAGGGGCGGGCCAGUGAACGACGUGGCGGAGUGGACGUCGAUUUUACACUCCUGCAAACCAGGAACAUUGCCAACUUAGCCCCGACCCAGGCCACCACCAUUCGGAUAACCGUCGACAAAGCCAAGAAGCAGUAUACAGGCGAUGAUAACGUAUCUAUCCGGUCAGACUAUAGCACUGGCCGGCGUGGAAGGCGUCCGACUUACCAUUUUUCCGAAAACGACCUCCGCGACGCAUAUAAGCCCGUGCUGCAGACCAUCAUUGACCUGGUUACCCACCACAUUACCCUGGCUGGGAACAGGGUCAAGAAACUGAUCCUUAUAGGCGGGGUCGGAACGUCUCCGUACAUCCGCCUGCGCAUCAACCAGCUUCUUGGGCCCUUGCUCGGGGGCAUCAUCUUGCUCGACCAGCAGAAGUCCAUCGGCGCGGUCUCGGUUGAGGUGCUGCAGGCCCAUAAGGCGGCUGACCAAUCCCCACAUGCCCCCCUGGCGGCGUAUAACCUGCCAACCGGAGAGCCAGUAGAGGAGCGGGCUGUUCGUAUUUGCUGGCACAUUCGCGACAAAGGGGACCUGACAAUGACGUGGGAGGUGUUCCAUCGGGACGGCGAAGACAUGCCGCAGCCGCGAGUCCCUUUGGCUGUACUCGAGCACUCGGUGGCGGAUGGCCUCAUCCCGGUCUGGUAAGGCCCUCAUCUGCUCUUUUUUUUUUUUUUUUUUUUUUUUGUUCUUCUUU